AACGCAUGAGCACCGGUAGCCCAAACUCUCUUAUGGUUAUCGAUUUUAGUUGCACAGACCUACCAGUGCUCUCGUAGAUAGAAAGCUACCAGUGCUCUCAACCAUUGCGAUCCAUUGUGUUUUGUAGUGUGUUUUGGUGAUUAGCCAGCGAUAUAUACCAUACCAUUAACACUGUGUGUAUGUCUAUGUGGUGUACGAAUACCUACUGAAAACAGGAUCACCACCAUUAGCACCGUUAGCCGCAUAUCAUAACCCCUGACCUACCGUGUCAACAAUGGUGGAGUGUGUGCGAGGUCAGAUGUUCGAGGUGGGCCCGCGGUACAGCAACCUGGCGUACAUCGGUGAGGGCGCGUACGGUAUGGUGGUGUCGGCGCUGGACAACCUGACCAAACACAAGGUGGCCAUCAAGAAGAUCUCGCCCUUCGAGCACCAGACCUACUGUCAGCGGACGCUUCGCGAGAUAAAAAUACUUCGCCGCUUCAGCCACGAGAACAUAAUCGACAUCCGGGACAUAAUCCGCGCGCAGGCCAUCGACCAGAUGAAGGACGUCUAUAUAGUGCAGUGCCUAAUGGAGACCGACUUGUAUAAGCUGCUGAAGACCCAGAAGCUCUCCAACGACCACAUCUGCUACUUCUUGUACCAAAUACUACGCGGCCUCAAGUACAUACACUCGGCCAAUGUGCUGCACCGGGACCUCAAGCCGUCCAAUCUGUUGCUGAACACCACGUGCGACCUGAAGAUCUGCGACUUUGGUCUGGCCCGGGUGGCCGACCCCGAGCACGACCACACGGGCUUCCUCACCGAGUACGUGGCCACCCGAUGGUACAGAGCGCCCGAGAUUAUGCUCAACAGCAAGGGCUACACCAAGUCCAUCGACAUCUGGUCCGUGGGCUGCAUACUGGCCGAGAUGAUCUCCAAUCGGCCCAUAUUUCCCGGCAAACACUACUUGGAUCAGCUGAACCACAUCCUGGGCAUACUGGGGUCGCCAUCGGCCGAGGACCUGAACUGCAUAAUCAACGAGAAGGCGCGCUCAUACCUGCAGUCCCUACCGGCCAAAGCCAAGGUUCCCUGGGCUCGCAUGUACGCCGACGCCGACCCUAAGGCACUGGACCUGUUGGACAAGAUGUUGACAUUCAAUCCGCACAAACGCAUUACCGUCGAGGAGGCACUGGCACACCCCUACCUCGACCAGUACUACGACCCGGCCGACGAACCGGUAGCCGAGGAGCCGUUCACCUUCGAGAUGGAGUUGGACGACCUCCCGAAGGAGCGCCUCAAGGAACUGGUGUUCGAGGAGACGGUACUGUUUCGCAACACGCGGUCGUAGGGCUGUAAACACGUG